AUGACGCGAGCGGUGGCUCCGCCGAUUCUGCUACAGCUUCAAAGCCCGGACUCCAUCUCCUCUCAGGUCGCCUCUCUACGGACCCUAAAGAAUGAAGUUAUAGGAAAUGACCAGCGCAAAGAGGUCUAUGUUGCUUGGGGAAUAAUCCCGGCGCUGGCCUCGGUGCUCGGGUCGCGAUGGCCAGGAAAGCUAUCUGCUGCUGAAUCUAACGGUUCAGCUCCAACCCAGGCGACCAGACCUCAUCAGUUCCCGGAAGGUUCAGAAGAGUCAGAGGCCUGUUUGCAGGCGAUUCUGAUCAUUGGAAGCUUGGCGCAAGGUGGUCCGACAUUUCUUGCUCCAAUAUUCGCCAGCGCCAUUCUCCCCACUCUUCUUUCUAUCCUAUCCUCGUCUGAUUGCCCCCAGCACUUCUGUCUCCCCAUCCUACGACUUCUUAACACUAUUGCAGACCGAUUACCGUUGCAAAGCCAAGACCAAUGGCCCCGGGACACCCGAUUGGCAGAUAUCGUGUUCGCACCCGACACCGUCGGGGCUAUCAGGCGGAUUAUUGCUCAGGAUUAUGGUCACCCAGGGAGCCAAUCGAGUAUUGAGCUCGCCGCUGCCUUGAUUGGAAAGCUAUGUAGGGAGGAGAUCCACAAGACGACGCUGGCAGAAUGCGGUGUACUAGAUGCCCUGGCUGUCAAGGUUGCCAGUUUUGUGGUAGCUCAAGGAUUCGUUCUGCCAGGUGCUGAAGAGCAUCUACAGGAGCCUGGAGCUAUGGGGAACUUCCCACCACCUGCCCCGGCAACAGCAAGGUUGGCACCCAUUCUUCGCGCAAUCACCGUGAUCAUCGAGCACUCCAAGUGGCGGGCAGAGCAUUUUCUUUCUUCGCCGGGAAUUGUCACCGUGUUCCCCAAACAAGUCCCUGGAUUCGCCCCAACUGACGUUAAGAAACACCCCUGGGGAAUCACGUACCUGUCUGGCUCGGCUGUGCCUCGUCACUCUAACGAAAACCCAGUCGAUCAUCUUCUCCCGUCAGUCCCAAGGGCAAGUGCCAAAUCGCCCUCGGGAUCAGCUAACUUUCCACCUCUGGGAAAUUCUGGCACGCAGCGUCGCCAUAGCCAUUCCUUUUCCCCGCCGUUCUCGCUGGCCGAAACGUCUCCGCCAGAAGAGGAUGAGAACUCCAUUGUCCCAUGGCUGCUUUGCAUCCUUCGUUCGGAAAGUGGCAUGGUUCAAUUAAUGGCGGCUCGCCUUGUGACCCUUCUUUUUCGGCUGGGUCUUGCGAAAAAGAAUCGAGUCCCAAUGUUCGGUUAUCUCCUGGUCCCGAUUCUCAUUCGUAUGCUGGAGAAAGAUUUUCAGUUGCCAGAUGAGCCUGGUGCCAAUGAUGACGGACUCAUCACUCCGACGCAGUGUUUGAAAGAAGAGGCCCCGGCCGUGCUGGCAAAUCUGGUUAUAGACGAUCAGGAUCUACAAAAACACGCAGUUGAUGGAAACGCACUCAAGCGGCUGUCUCAACUCCUCAAAGAAACUUACAACCCAGUUUCAGAAACCCUGCGGCCGAUGUGGCACUCGGAGGGGGAUAGCCCCGCUCGAGAUCCUGAAACUAUGUCACCAGACUGUCGGCUGGGACCCCCUGGAUAUUCGCCUACACUUUGCCACGUUAUGAGGUAUCGGGAGAGUAUUCUCAAGGCUUUGGGUGCAUUGGUGCCCUUCAAGGAUGAAUAUCGGAAGGCAGUCUGUGAGAAUGGAGUGGUCCCUUAUAUCAUCGACUCCCUCAAACCUCGACCAAGUGAUGCUCCCGCCGAUGCUAUACCAAAAAAUUCUGCAGCAGAUGGCAACCCGACACCAACCCUUUUGGCUGCUUGUGGUGCAGCUCGCAUGCUUACCAGGUCGGUUAGCGUCCUGAGAACCAGCCUCGUCGAUGCCGGCGUAGCCCAGCCGCUCUUUACACUUAUUAAACAUCCCGAUCUGGAAGUUCAAAUCGCGGCAACUGCAGCGCUCUGUAAUUUGGCAUUGAGCUUCAGUCCUAUGAAAAACGCCAUCAUCUCGGAAGAUAUAAUUCCCAUUCUCUGCGAGCACGCCCACUCGCCCAAUACGAAGUUACGGAUAGAGUCAUUGUGGGCUCUUAAACAUGUUGUUUAUGAUAGCCCCAAUGAUGUCAGAAUGGAGGUGGUUAAAGCUUUAGAUCCCGCUUGGAUCCGACAGAUCAUCAGCCAAGACCCUGUGAGCGCCUUGACCAGACGCGGAAUGGAUGAAGAGACAGAUAAUGCCUUUGGAAUCGCCAUGGGUCGAGCCAAUUCGGCGGGAGAACAAGUUGACAUCCUCAACCCCAUGGAUGAUGCAGGCGAGUCGGCCGAGAGAUUCAAGAUGGGUGAAAGCAUGCCCUCAUCGAAAAUGAGUUUGGAUAUGUUUCUUCCUGAUGUCAGACGUCGGCGCAAGCUUGUCAUGCAUGGCAAUCUGGAGCUGUCCACGCAGUCACGACAAGACGACAUUGCCGUCCAAGAGCAAACAUUUGAUCUGCUGCGUAAUAUAAUUUGUGGAACAGGUGCAACUGAAAUGAUCGACUUCCUCUUCCAGGCGAUCGGUCAGGAUGAGCUACUGGACGCACUUGCAGAUAACUUGCGCCCGCGCACCAUCCAACUACCUCACCGUCGUGAACCCUCGAACCGGGCACUACAGGUACCGCAUGAAAUCCUGAGUGCUGCCAGCGCCGUCAUCAUCCACAUUGCCGCAGGACUUCCGCGCCACCGGCAACUAAUAAUGUCUCACCGUGAUCUGCUGCGGUCCCUGACCAACUACUUCAAUCACUCUCACCGCGAAGUGCGAGUUAACUGUGUUUGGGUGGUUAUCAACUUGAUAUACCAUGAAAACCAGGCUGAUCGCGAAGGAUGUCGUGAGCGUGCCACUAGACUCAAGGCCCUUGGAAUUGUUGAUCGGCUGGCUAGUCUGAAAGAUGAUCCGGACCUAGAUAUCAAGGAGCGCACCAAAACGGCUAUGCAUUUAGUCAGCCAACUGUCUCCUCCUUAA